CUCGCGCUCAGAGGGCGUCGCAGUCACACAGUGAACUCGCGUCAAUGCAAAAUGAACACAACGCUCUGAAGUAACCAGGGAUGCUUUGUUUAGAAGACACAUUUCUGUAGUGUUUCAGAUCCAAAGGAACUUUCUUCAAUAUCCGUGACUGUCAUUUAAAUCGUCACCAUGGGUGAUGUGAUUUCUACCAACCUGGACGAAGGCAAACGGGAGAUGAUUACAGCCCGCACCAACGCUGUGAUGGCAGAGUUUGGGAGGUUUUAUGAGCAGCAGUACGCUGUGGCUUUGUUCAACAGCGUACGCUAUGAGAUCGAAGGAGGAGGGAAUACCCAGACACAACUGCUACAUAGAAAGGACCCUCUGAAGAACAAGUCCAUCUUCUCUGGAGGUUUGUUUCAGUAUCUGGAAGAGAGCAAGAAAUGGAGGAGCCGCUUUUUGUAUGUGGGCGACUCCUACAACAUCAGCUUAUAUGAGAGCAAAGCGGCACAUGAUCGAGGUCUCCACUCCAAAGGGGUCAUUAACUGUGCCGGGUACAGAGCCCUGACCUCGAUGGAGGAAUACCUGGGGCUUCUAAACAAUAGCCUGAGUGAUACAAAGGCCAAAGUGGCCAGUGCCCCGUUUCUGAAAUGUCCCACGCAGUUUCCCCUCAUCCUGUGGCAUCCAUACGCCCGCCAUCACUACUUCUGUGUCAUGACGGAGAAAGAACAGAAGAAGUGGCAUGCCGUCUUCCAGGACUGUGUGAGACACAGCAACAACGGACUGUCGGAAGAGUGCAAGGUAGCGACACCAGCUUUCACGGAUGCCCUGCGGCUCUACAGGCAGGCCAAGGGUCACUAUGGCACCUGGGACCUGAUGUGUGGAAACCAAGCACAGAUUCUUGCUAACCUGGUGAUGGAGACUUUGCACCCUGAACUGAAGAAUCUGAUCGUGCCUCGGCUGAAAGGAAAACUGCAACAGAGACAGAGGGACUGGAUGCUGAUCUCAGAUGCAGUAUACAGACAGGUGGUGUCACAGACAAAGACUCAACACGAAGCUCUGGCUCAAGUAUGUGAGGUGGAGCGCCCCCGUCUGGACUCCGCUCUGCGCACAGAUAUGGAUCAGAUCAUCACAUCCAAAGAGCACGUUUCUGGAAAGAUCCGUGCGUUGGUGUUGCCCCGUGUCGAACAGCUUGUGAGAAGCAAGGUUCAGCCCUACAUCCACUCCAUCCUGGAGGCCCUCAUGGAGCCCACCAGCAGAGGAUUCUCUGAAGUGAGGGACAUCCUCUUCCGUGAGCUGGUGGAGGUCAGCAAGAACACAAUGAACGAUAGAAGCAGUGAGAAGCUGGGAGAGCAUAUGGACAAGAUUUCCAUGUUGGCCUUCCAUCCGGUGAAGAUGCAGAGCUGUUAUGAGAAGAUGGAGGCGUUGAACCUUGAAGGCCUCCAGCAGAGAUGUGACGUGUCCAGUCCCUCUGUGUUCAUCCAGAGAGCUCAGAUCCUCAUGAGACAGCAAAUGGACAACGCAGUGCACACAUUUGAGCAGCUGGUCCAUCAGAGUCUAGAUGGCCACAGUGGGGAGGAUUUCUGCAAGAUCAUCCAGCGCUGUCAGGACAGAGUACUCAAAAAAUAUGACUAUGACAGCAGCACAGUGAGGAAGAAGUUCUUCAGGGAGGCGUUGCUUCAAAUCAUCAUACCGUACAUGCUGAAACAGCUCUCUCCAUCCUGUUCACCGGAUCUGCCCAAGUUCAAGGAGCUCAUCUUUGAGGACUUCUCUAGAUUCAUACUAGUAGAGAACAUCUUUGAGGAAGUGGUCCUGCAGUCAGUCAGCAAGGACAUCAUGAUGGCUGUGAAGGAAGCUGCGGUCCAGCGAAGGCACAACCUGUACAGAGACAGCAUGGUCCUGACCAACAGCGACCCCAACCUGCACCUGCUGGGAGAGGACACCAUCGACUGGGCUGGCCAAUUCGGAGGAGUAAAAGGAGACAGGCAAGGUGGCGAAGUGGCCAACAGGAAACGCAAACAGAUCGUCUCCAUGAUCCACCUGGAUGGGAUGCCUCUGCCAUACGAGUCCUGCCAGGAAGUACCAGGAGUGGACGGCAUCCCAGAGGAGAGCGAAGGGCAGACAGAACAAGAUCUUGAAACAGAAAAGCCUGUGAACCCAAUACAGCACGUACCCAUCGAGAAAGAACCAGGCUCUCCUGACAGCCUCAAUGAGAUCCGAGACCUCAUAAACCCCGUGCUGGAAGUGGUCGAAAAAGACGGCUCACAGUUGACCAACGGGAUGUUGCUUUUGGAAGAAGGCGAUGAGGUGAAGCACAUCACAACGGUAACAGAGAUUGUGCCAAGGGAGUCACCAAACAAGGUUGACGAAGAAUUGGACACCGCCCAGAUUGAACAGUUUUUAGAAGAGGAGCAGUGCGUAUCCGCCAUUGAAAGCGCCAUUCAACAGAUCGAGAUCGCCAUCCAGGAAGACCCCAAUGAGAACCUGAGCGAAGGCGCCAUCGACUCUGAUGGGGAAUUCACUCAAACCUCUACCAACUCCAGCCCUCUUCAUCACGAUGACAGUGGGUUUCAGUCUCCAGCCAAUGAGAAUGUAGAAGAAGUGGAGCCUCAGCCAAUCACAGACGAGGUGGUGGACACAGAGCAAGUGAUGUUAACUCUGGUGGAGGGAGUGAAGAGUAGCAUUGAUUUAGACGCCAAAGCUCCUUGUGAUGCUUCAGAAAAGAAAUCAGAAGUUGAAAUCGAAAGUUGAAAGUGAGAUAUGAAACAUUUUAUAAACUGAAAGCGUUUGCUGACACUUUUGUUUGCUUUCCAUCAGC